GCGGUGUGCGCAUCGCGGGCUCAGUGAAACCUCCAUAAAAACCCACAAGAAGAAGAUUAGGAGCGUCACGGGUUUAACGGGCUGUACCGGCACUGCUGUCCAUUCAUAACAGAGAACCGUGUCCCGUGUGUGUGACCCUGAUCACCCUCCCUCAGCAUGGCGGGUUACCUGAAAGCUCUGAGCACCGUGUCGAGGAGCGCAGCCGCCGGACUGUCGCAGAGCCCCGCCGUCCUCUCCCCGGCCGCCGUCCGCCUCCAGCAGAGGAGGAACUAUGCCACAAAGCGCAUCAAGGUGGACCAGCCGGUGGUGGAGAUGGAUGGAGAUGAGAUGACUCGCAUCAUAUGGGAGUUCAUCAAAGAGAAGCUCAUCCUGUCCAACGUUGAAGUCGAGCUGAAGUACUACGACCUGGGUCUGCCCUACCGCGACCAGACAGAUGACCAGGUCACCAUCGACUCCGCUCUGGCAACCAAGAAGUACAACGUGGCCGUCAAGUGUGCCACCAUCACCCCAGACGAGGCCCGAGUUGAGGAGUUUAAGCUAAAGAAGAUGUGGAAGAGUCCUAAUGGAACCAUCCGGAACAUCUUGGGCGGCACGGUGUUCCGUGAGCCAAUCCUUUGUAAAAACAUCCCUCGCCUGGUUCCCGGCUGGACGCUGCCCAUCACAAUUGGCAGACAUGCUUUUGGCGAUCAGUACAGGGCCACGGACUUUGUUGUCGACCAGCCCGGCAAGUUCAAGAUGGUGUUUUCUCCAGCUGAUGGAAGCCAGAAGAAGGAGUGGGAGGUGUACAACUUCACCGCGGGGGGCUGUGGGAUGGGAAUGUACAACACAGAUGAGUCCAUCACUGGAUUUGCUCACAGCUGCUUCCAGUACGCCAUCCAGAAGAAGUGGCCUCUGUACAUGAGCACCAAGAACACCAUCCUCAAGGCGUACGACGGCCGCUUCAAAGACAUCUUUGAGGAAAUCUUCGAGAAGCAGUACAAGCCAGAGUUUGACAAGCUGAAGAUCUGGUACGAGCACCGUCUCAUUGACGACAUGGUGGCCCAGGUGCUGAAGUCUUCCGGAGGAUUCGUUUGGGCCUGCAAGAAUUACGAUGGAGACGUGCAGUCGGACAUCCUGGCUCAGGGUUUUGGUUCUCUGGGUCUCAUGACAUCAGUGCUAGUGUGCCCUGAUGGAAAGACCAUCGAGGCCGAGGCUGCCCACGGCACCGUCACCAGGCACUACCGCGAACACCAGAGGGGAAGACCGACCAGCACCAAUCCCAUCGCGAGCAUCUUCGCUUGGACCAGAGGGCUGGAGCACCGAGGCAAACUGGACGGAAAUCCAGACUUGAUAAAGUUCUCCCAGACGUUAGAGAAAGUCUGCGUGGCGACGGUGGAAAAUGGUGUGAUGACCAAGGACCUCGCAGGCUGCAUCCAUGGCUUGGCAAACUGCAAGCUGAAUGAACAUUACGUCAACACGUCAGACUUCCUGGACGCAAUCAGAACCAACCUGGACAAAGCUCUGGGCAAAUGAAGAACAAUCAGAAGAAAUACUUGCCUGUCUUUAGAUUUGAAGCUCAUUCUUACCAUCUGUUUUGUAUAAACCUUUUUAUAUGAAAUUUUGAAGGACCAAAGUUUGCUACUUUAUGUGCACUUUCUUUAUUUGUAAGCUCACAGACACGUUGCUGUGCCCGUGGUUUUGUGCCUUUCCUGCUGCCAACAGUCCAGUUUUGUAUCACACAGUUAAGUGAUUUUACUGUAAGAAUUAAUAUUAAUCCUAAAGUCAAAUUUUCAUGACAGUGUCAUAUCAUCGUAUCAUAUAUUUUCACUUUUGAUAAGAAGAUGUCUUCAGGGACCUGUAUGUACAAAAAAGGAAUAAAACUUGUUUAAUAAUAAAAACAAAUAGUGAUCCUUAAUCACCCCAGAAAAA